GAUCAACUGUUCCUGACAUAAAAAGGAAGUGCUAAUCUAGCCACUGGCUGGCUCAGUAUUGGUUUCAUACUGUAAGACAGAACUAAAAUAACAGCCUCAAAGGGUAAAAAUAGUGGAGUCACAUGAAGCAUCAACCGUCAUUUUAAAAACAGAAUUGUAAGACCCAUGAGGAAAGGUUGAUUUCUUUUUCUGUUUGAAAAGAGUGGAUAUUGGUAGACACUGGUCGUUUCUAUUAUGGCCUCCUGUAAUUUUAGAAAACUGAUAUUUGUCAUGACCUGAGGAAACAUCUCAUUCAUGGCUUUUAUAAGACAUAGUCAAAUUCAACAUCAAUUCUCAGAAGAUCUUUCUUGGGGUCUAGAAGAAGAAAUACAGAAAGGGGUUUAUUGAUGUUUCAAAAAUCAAGUGUGUGGAAAUAGUGAAGAAUGAUGAUGGUGUCAUUCCCUGUCAAAAUAAGUAUCCAUUUCAGGUUGUUCAUGAUGCUAACACACUUUACAUUUUUGCACCUAGUCCACAGAGCAGGGACCUGUGGGUGAAGAAGUUAAAAGAAGAAAUAAAGAACAACAAUAAUAUUAUGAUUAAAUAUCAUCCUAAAUUCUGGACAGAUGGAAGUUAUCAGUGUUGUAGACAAACUGAAAAAUUAGCACCCGGAUGUGAAAAAUACAAUCUUUUUGAGAGUAGUAUAAGGAAAGCACUACCUCCAGCACCAGAAACAAAGAAGCGAAGGCCUCCCCCACCAAUUCCACUAGAAGAAGAAGAUAAUAGUGAAGAAAUCGUUGUAGCCAUGUAUGAUUUCCAAGCGACAGAAGGACAUGAUCUCAGAUUAGAGAGAGGCCAAGAGUAUCUCAUUUUAGAAAAGAAUGAUGUUCAUUGGUGGAGAGCAAGAGAUAAAUAUGGGAAUGAAGGAUAUAUCCCAAGCAAUUAUGUAACGGGAAAGAAAUCAAACAACUUAGAUCAAUAUGAAUGGUAUUGCAGAAAUAUGAAUAGAAGCAAGGCAGAGCAACUCCUCCGCAGUGAAGAUAAAGAAGGCGGUUUUAUGGUAAGAGAUUCCAGUCAACCAGGCUUGUACACAGUCUCCCUUUAUACCAAGUUUGGAGGAGAAGGUUCAUCGGGUUUCAGGCAUUAUCAUAUAAAGGAAACAACAACAUCUCCAAAGAAGUAUUACCUAGCUGAAAAACAUGCUUUCGGCUCCAUUCCUGAGAUUAUUGAAUAUCAUAAGCACAAUGCAGCAGGACUCGUCACCCGGCUUCGGUACCCAGUUAGUGUGAAAGGGAAGAAUGCACCCACCACUGCAGGAUUCAGCUAUGAGAAAUGGGAGAUUAACCCUUCAGAACUGACCUUUAUGAGGGAAUUGGGAAGUGGACUGUUUGGAGUUGUGAGGCUUGGCAAAUGGCGAGCCCAGUACAAAGUCGCAAUCAAAGCUAUUCGGGAAGGUGCGAUGUGCGAGGAGGACUUUAUAGAAGAAGCUAAAGUGAUGAUGAAACUGACACACCCGAAGUUAGUGCAGCUUUAUGGUGUAUGCACCCAGCAGAAACCGAUAUACAUUGUUACCGAGUUCAUGGAAAGGGGCUGCCUUCUGAAUUUCCUCCGACAGAGACAAGGUCAUUUCAGUAGAGACGUGCUGCUGAGCAUGUGUCAGGAUGUGUGUGAAGGGAUGGAGUAUCUGGAGAGAAACAGCUUCAUCCACAGAGAUCUGGCUGCCAGAAAUUGUCUAGUAAGUGAGGCGGGAGUUGUAAAAGUAUCUGAUUUUGGAAUGGCCAGGUAUGUUCUGGAUGAUCAGUACACAAGUUCUUCUGGUGCUAAGUUUCCCGUGAAGUGGUGUCCACCUGAAGUAUUUAAUUACAGCCGCUUCAGCAGCAAAUCAGAUGUCUGGUCAUUUGGUGUUUUAAUGUGGGAAGUAUUCACGGAAGGCAGAAUGCCUUUUGAAAAAUACACCAAUUAUGAAGUGGUAACCAUGGUUACUCGAGGCCACCGACUCUACCAGCCAAAGUUGGCGUCCAGCUAUGUAUAUGAGGUGAUGCUGAGAUGUUGGCAGGAGAAACCAGAGGGAAGGCCUUCUUUUGAAGAUCUGCUGCGCACAAUAGAUGAACUAGUUGAAUGUGAAGAAACUUUUGGAAGAUAAGUGAUGUGACCAGUGGCGCCCAGACUCCCAAGCACAAGGAAGGAUGGGCAUUUCGUGGCUUUUAAUUUAUUGAGCACUUGAACAUGUAGAUCGUUUUACUUAUACAGUGGAAACACAUAAAUAAUUUGCUUCUAGACCAGCCUCUGUCUAGACUUGCUUCUAGACAGAAUCUCCCAGAGUGUGGAAAUGUUGCCUUAGAAAUGGUGAUUAAAAUCACUCAUUUCUAUUCAUUCCUCAGGCACUUGAGUGACAGUUGUUUACCAGGCACUGUGUGUAGCCCCAGGGUUUGGCCAUUUAGGGGUGCACACAUGGGACCACGUUAGCUGAUGCCAGUUGAAGGCGAGGGUAUUUGGGAAGGAGAAGGGUAUUAGUCAUGACCAAGCAACCCUUCUUUUUCCCUUUGACUUCUACAGAAAUCUGGGCCUGAGACACUGUCUACAAUUGGGUUCUAGAUAAAUCAGGAACCCACCUUGGAUAAAUAAAUACCUAUCGUUUGUUUUGAAAACA